AGGAUGUCUGGACUCCCCAGAAGGCAGGAAAUGAACUCAGUGGCCUUUGAGGAUGUGACUGUGAACUUCACUAAGGAAGAGUGGGCUUUGCUGGAUCCUUCCCAGAAGAAUCUCUACAGAGAUGUGAUGCAGGAAGUCCUUAGAAAUCUGGCUUCUAUAGGAACCAGAUGGGAGGUCCAUAACGUGGAAGAUCAGAACACAAAUCCUGGAAGAGAUGUAAGGCACAUAAUAUCUCACUCUGCAAACACAGCAUAUGAGAUUAAGGAGAGUGAAGGGAAGCCAUAUGAACUUAAACAGAACAGCAAAUCCAUCAUUCCUCUCAUAAGUGUUCAAAGACAAGCAUCAGAGCACACUGUAAAUGGACCUUAUGAAUGUUUGACAUGGGGAAGAGAGUUGAGUUCCAGGUGUUUUCAAGAAUAUGGAGCAUCUCAUACUGGGGAGAAUCCUUGUGAAUGUAAGGAACUUGGGAAAGGCUUCUCUGGUUCAAAUUACUUUCAAAAACAUGUACAAACUCAUACCGGAGAGACCUCUAAUAGAAGGAAACAACGUAGGAAACCCUUCAUUAGUUCUGCUAACCUUCAAUUACAUGAACAAACUCAUACAAGAAAGAAGCUCUAUCAAUGUGAACAAUGUGGAAAAGCCUUCACUACUUCCUCUUACCUUCAAAUACAUAAACGAACUCAUACUGGAGAGAAGCCCUAUGAAUGUAAACAAUGUGGAAAAGCCUUCACUACUUCAUCUAACCUUCAAAUACAUAAUCGAACUCACACUGGAGAGAAGCCCUAUGAAUGUAAGCAGUGUGGAAAAACCUUCACUCAGUCCAUUCAGCUUAACUCACAUGAACAAACUCAUACAGGAAAGAAACCCUAUGAAUGUAAACAGUGUGGAAAAGCCUUCACUACUUCUUCUUACCUUCAAAUACAUAAGCGAACUCAUACAGGAGAGAAGCCCUAUGAAUGUAAGGACUGUGGGAAAUCCUUUACUUCAUCCAGUCACCUUCACUCACAUGAAAGAACCCAUACAGGAAAGAAGCCCUAUGAAUGUAAACAAUGUGGGAAAGCCUUCACUAGGUCCUCCUACCUUAAAAUACAUAAACGAACUCAUACAGGAGAGAAACCCUAUGAAUGUAAACAAUGUGGAAAAGUUUUCACUACUUCAUCCAGCCUUCAAAUACAUAAUCGAACUCACACUGGAGAGAAACCAUAUGAAUGUAAGCAGUGUGGCAAAGCUUUCACUCAGUCUAUUCAACUUCUCUCACAUGAACAUACUCAUACUGGAAAGAAGCCCUAUGAAUGUAAGCAAUGUGGAAAAGCCUUCUGUAGUUCCUCUUAUCUUCAAAUACAUGAACGAUCACAUACUGGAGAGAAGCCCUAUAAAUGUAAGCAAUGUGGAAAAGCCUUUACUGCUUCCUUUUACCUUCAAGUACACAAACGAAGUCAUACUGGAGAGAAGCCCUAUGAAUGUGAACAAUGUGGGAAAGCCUUUGCUUCAACCAGUGAUCUUCAUUCACACGAAAGAACUCAUACAGGAAAGAAGCCCUAUGAAUGUAAACAAUGUGGGAAAGCCUUCACUAGGUCCUCUUACCUUCAAAUACAUAAACGAAUUCAUACUGGAGAGAAGCCCUAUGAAUGUGAAAAAUGUGGAAAAGCCUUCACUACUUCAUCUAACCUUCAAAUACAUAAUCGAACUCAUACAGGAGAAAAGCCCUAUGAAUGUAAGCAGUGUGGAAAAGCCUUCACUCAGUCCAUUCAGCUUCACUCACAUGAGCAAACCCAUACAGGAAAGAAACCCUAUGAAUGUAAACAAUGUGGGAAAGCCUUCACUACUUCCUCUUACCUUCAAAUACAUAAGCGAACUCAUACAGGAGAGAAGCCCUAUGAAUGUAAGGACUGUGGGAAAUCCUUUACUUCAUCCAGUCACCUUCAUUCACAUGAAAGAACUCAUACAAGAAAGAAGCCCUAUGAAUGUAAACAAUGUGGGAAAGCCUUCACUAUGUCCUCUUACCUUAAAAUACAUAAACGAACUCAUACAGGAGAGAAGCCCUAUGAAUGCAAACAAUGUGGAAAAGCCUUCACUACUUCAUCCAGCCUUCAAAUACAUAAUCGAACUCACACUGGAGAGAAGCCCUAUGAAUGUAAGCAGUGUGGCAAAGCAUUCACUCAAUCCAUUCAACUUCUCUCACAUGUAUGUACUCAUACUGGAAAGAAGCCCUAUGAAUGUAAACAAUGUGGAAAAGCCUUCACUGCUUCCUCUUACCUUAAAAUACAUAAACAAACUCAUACUGGAGAGAAAAUCUGUGAAGGCAUGAAUAGUCUACUGGUGAGAAGCCUUAUGAGUGUAAGCAAUGUUGCAAAGCCUUCACACACAUGAAGAAACUCAAACUGGAGAGAAGGGCUUUGACUGUAAGAAAUGUGGAACAGCAUUCACUAAUUUUGCUCAACUUAAUAUGCACACAAUUGCUUGUACUGGAGAAACUGAAUGUGAAGAAUAUGCUAAAGUCUUCAGUAACUAUUUCUACUUGCCUUCAUAUAAGUGAACUCUGUCAUACUAGAGACAAACCUCACAGAUAUAAAUGUGAGAUGGCCUUCAGUAGUUCAGAUUGCCUUCAGAUGCAUUGUGAAUGUUAAUUGGGGUCCAGUUAUAAAGAUGAAGGGGAGAGCAAUAAAGAGGCAGGCACAUAGGAUGACUUCCUUGUUCUUUUAUUAUCUAUUUCAGGAUCAUAUCAAGUUACGUUAGGUUACAUAGUGUAGUUAGCUUUGAGCAUUUGCAUAUCACAUAAUGUGAUUCUCAGAGUCCACUAGUACCAAAUGGUCUUACAACAUCUCCAGGCCUGAAGACCAGAGGAGUUGCAGAGCCAUUGAAACAUGGGGUCUAUUGUUUGGAGUUUUCUCAGCUUGAGAGCAUCACUCCUCUGUACAUUGACUGGCCUGAACUCCCUACCUCUCUUCUUUUUGUUUUGUAUGUCUUUUGAAUGAACAUAACUUCUGUGUAAGGAAGGUGGAGGGAGAAAGCAAGGGAGACAUUGGCAAAAACAUGCAGAGCAUAAUAAGGCAAGUAUCAAGAAACAUCCUCCACUGUAAAGCUGUUUGAUCCAUGUAAAAUAUAGUAGCCAUGAGGUUAACCAAUCUAAUAAAUCCCAACCUCUGUCAUCUUCUUGCACCUUUUUUCUGAUGUCUUUAAGAUCCAAUUCUUUUUGAAUGGGGUUACUACUAUCAGUUAAAUUGAAACAACCACAUAUGAAAUUCCUGGCAUCCCUUAUGAUGUAAUUGCAGCAGAUAAUCAAGAGCUCUAAUAUCAAGCAUGGUAUGACAGAUACAAAUUUCAGUAGAAUUAAUUUCCAACACUACCAAUAGAGGAAUAACCUUAGUAGCCAAAAUCAUUGUGGAAUUUUGGGUAAGUUUGGUAAACAAAGCUGUAACCAAAUUUUCCAGGGUGCAUUUUAAAUUCAUCUACACUAACUAGUAAUUGUUGAGCAGAUGUUGUGAAACUAUUCCCUGAAGUCACCAGAGUAUUAGAACUCCAGGGUUUCCUUGGGCCUCUUGUUCUUGUUGGAGAGUCCUUCUCUGAAUCAAGGUCCUCUUCAUCCAGUAUCAAAUGGAAUUUUGGAAUUGAUUGUGAAGUCCUUGAUGGGAACUAAUGUUGAUUAAUGGGUCUCAGACUCUGGGCAGGAAUCCAGACAGGACCUGUAGGAGUAAGAACAGCAGAAUAUCCUUUCCCCCAUGUAAUCAAAGGUACAGGGUCCCACCAUAUUGAAUUUUGUGGAACUCAGUAUUUUACAUAAAUCUUUGUUAGUGGUUCCUUAGGUGUAAUGUGUCUGUCCAAGGCAGAGAACCAGUGAUGUGUACUUCAUAUUGUACAUUGAGUAUUUAUUGUGAACAAACAAUGUGCACUGGCCAUAUAAGGCUCAAGGAUGUAUGUAUGGUAACAUAAAAAAGAAUAGAGGUGGAAUGAGGAAAAUGAGUUACAUUCUUCUGCAAGAGUGCAUUAGAAUGUACACUUCAAGGGUUUAUAUUUUCCCAAGUAGGGGAACAAAAGGGAGGACAAUGAGAACAAUUAUUAAUGAUGAAAUGGGUCUGUUGAAAGGAAAUAGAAAAGGUUUUUAUUAAAGAGUGAGCAUUUUGAUGAAAGAAAAUGUGUGACUGAGAGAAAAAAGUGAUUUUUAUAGCAGCAUCAGCACAAGUAUUUCCCUGAGUGAAGUGGUCCAGGAAUCUGUGUGGCUAUAGAUAUGAGCAAGAAAUAUUGGAACUGUACAAUCCUGUAAAGAAAUUGAAGAGUGAUGAACAGGGAUAACAAAUUAGAGGACAAAUGAGGUGACAAUUGCAGAGGAAAUAUAUGAUGCAUCAGUUCGGCUAUACAUGGAGAAUCUGUAAUGAUGUUUAAGGCAGUGGGAAACUUACAGAGAGCCAAAAUAAUUGCAGCUAAUUCAGCUUGCUGAGGAGAAGCUUGAGGCAAUGUGUAAUAAUCAGUCCAGUUUUAUAUCAGUGAAUAUAGAUACCAUAACCCAUUGUUUUCCUCCAUCAGUAUACACAGUAAUCCCAUUGGAAAGUAGAAUGUAGUAGAUUUUAGAAGAUGGAGCAUGAGAGACUUGACACAAUAAGGGGAAGUGUUCAUCCAGAGGUGCAUGGAAAGCAUUAGGAGGUAAAAGUUAAAACAGCUUGAUAAUAUGAAGAAAAUUGUAACUACUGUUAAUGUACAAUCUUUCCAUAAGUAAGAUAAAGUACAUGAAUAUCUGUCCAGUAAGAGAUAAAAUAUGAUUGCAACUAUCUGAGAUUAAUUGAGCAUAAGAGAGAAUAUUUCUUCCUGAAAAUUGAGGAGAAUAUAUGCACUCUGUUGUAUACAAGUCUUGAUUACAAAUGGCAACAAUUGCAGCAGAGGCAUAAGGCUUUCCAGUAAAGAUUAUUAGAGAUAAAAGAACAUGAAGUGUUGGGAUUCUUAGAACUGUAGGUAAUGUUUCGUUAACAUGCUGAAGAGCUGCUGGCAGUGUGGAAGUUAACUUGCAAAAAACUGGUGGGAUUAUGUUGGUUUUUCAACAGCUGCAAAAAGUGACAGCGUAUCAGUAGUUAAAGAAAUAUAAGGUCAGGCCCAAUUUAAAUGUCCUAAAAAUUGCUGUGUUUAAGGAAAAUUUGGAAGGAAGAGUCAAUUUUGGAAUAUGAGGAAUGGAAUAACGUCGUAGUAUCUUACAUCCUAAAUAGUUAAUAGGGAGUUGUCAUUGAAUUUUUUUAUGGUCACAUGGAGGCUAGAUUGUAAUAGAAUGUGUUGCAAUUUAGUUAAAGUAUCUUCUAUAAGUUUGGCCCAGCAAUUAAAAUAUCGUCCAUAUAAUGAUAAACAAGAAUAUGUGGGAAUAAUUGUCAGAAAGGCUGAAGAGCAUUAUCUACAAAAUGUUGACAUAAUCUGGAGUUAUUUAACAUACUUUGAGGAAGAACUUUCCAUUGAUAUCUAUCAGCAGGCUAAUGAUGAUUGAAAACAGGAUCUGUGAAGGCAAAUUUUUCUCCCAGCAAGGUAGAGGGCACCAUGCUCCAUUUAGUUUUAAUUUCCCUGAAAGAAUACAUCAUUAAGUUUUUAUAGAAGAUACCCUUUCCAAGAACUCUAAUGUUAGUUAUUAAUAGUGGAAAGUUUUUGUUAUUACUAAGAGAGAAUAGAUGAAUCAGCUUAUAGUUAAUAUUCUAUUUCAUGGACUCAGUGGCGGACUUAAACUCUAUUUUGAUCUUUAUAGAACUAGACAUGGGAAGAAUGCGAAUUGUACUUAGGAUUAGCCUAUUUUUUUAUUAAAUGGGGAAAAUUACCUUAAACUUAAUCAUAAACACUAAGAAGUAAUGAAGACCAAACACCACAUCAAAUCUCAGAGGAAUUCACUCUCAUAUACUUGUAUAUAACUUUUAGAGAAUUUUUAUACUAAAAGAAAUCACAGGCUCCUUACAAAUUUGAGCAAAUCAUAAUUGCUUAUUUGUAAUUUCAUCUA